GAACACGAAUGACAGAAAAAUCCCAGACCCUAAUUUUAAAAAAAAAAAUUCACUAGAUUUGUUUCUCUAUUUCCAAACGACAUCAUUAAAAUAGAUACUUAAAUCAUUUUCAAAAGAAAUGAAAAGCGUCAUGAAUUUCAGUUGUUCUUUGAAGUCUUUGAAUUCUUAACAACUAUAGUUUCAUAUUUUAAAUCGAAAGCCUUGAAAUUAAUAUCGAUUCCGAUCCCAUGCAUGCACUGCAUGCACUGCACUGUACUAGCUCUCGAGUACUCGCUUCUUUCAUUUCAACGAAAAUGUGAAAAUGGCUGAAAGCAAAGCGUCGACGUUUUCUGGACCACCCGGUCAAUCGUCAGCUAAUCAAGGAUACAAGAUGGCAAUGGCCCCGUAUCAAAAAGGGGGAGAAUCCAUGGAAUUCAAAUAUUGUGAAGAAGUCACUAAAUAUGAAAAAUUAGCAAAGAUAGGCCAGGGAACAUUUGGCGAGGUGUUCAAAGCAAAGCAUAAGAAGAAUAAAAACAUUGUUGCAUUGAAGAAGGUACUGAUGGAGAAUGAAAAAGAAGGGUUUCCAAUCACAGCUCUGAGAGAGAUAAGAAUCCUUCAACUUCUUCGGCAUGAUAAUGUGGUCCCGCUCUAUGAGAUAUGCAGAACAAAAGCUACUGCAUACAACAGAUACAAGGGCAGCAUAUAUCUAGUGUUUGAAUUCUGUGAGCAUGAUCUGGCAGGGCUUCUUAGCAACACCAACGUCAAAUUCUCCCUGGGAGAAAUUAAAUCUGUCAUCAAGCAACUAUUAAAUGGACUCUACUAUAUACACAGUAACAAGGUACUUCAUAGAGACAUGAAGGCAGCUAAUAUUCUUAUCACUAAGGCAGGAGUGCUCAAGCUGGCUGACUUUGGACUCGCACGAGCGUUUAGUUUACCGAAAGGUGAUCAGCCAAAUCGCUACACGAAUAGAGUGGUGACGUUGUGGUACCGCCCACCCGAGUUGUUGCUCGGUGAACGCAAUUAUGGACCUGCUAUUGACCUGUGGGGGGCGGGCUGUAUCAUGGCGGAGAUGUGGACAAGAAGUCCCAUCAUGCAAGGCAACACGGAGCAGCACCAACUGACAUUGAUCAGUCACCUCUGUGGUUCCAUCACAUCCAGCGUUUGGCCGGGUCUUGAGAAGCUUGAACUCUCGCAUACUCUCGAACUCCCGAAGGGUCAGAAGCGGAAGGUCAAAGAUCGACUGAGAAGCUAUGUCAAGGAUCAACAGGCAUUGGAUCUGAUUGAUAAACUCUUGAAUCUUGAUCCAAAAACAAGGAUAGAUGCGGAUCUAGCCUUGAACCAUGACUUCUUUUGGGUUGAUCCGAUGCCUUGUAGCCUUGAGCGUAUGUUAUCAACUCAUACUCAGUCUAUGUUUGAGUAUCUUACACCAAGAAGACGGAUCCAACAGCAUCCAUCGCAUGCUAGUAGUACCAAUCGUAAUCCUCACCAUGCACACCCACCAAACAGACCUUCUCAGGCUACAACAGACCAAAACUAUGAUAGAGUCUUCUAGACCUCUCACUGCUCGUGGAACCAAUCGUAAUCCUCACCAUAUACACCCACCAAACAGAACUUCUCUGGCUACAACAGAUCAAAACUGUGAUAGAGUCUUCUAGACCUCUCACAAAUGAAAACUGAUUACUUUAUUAAAUUAUGCACCAUCAGAUUUUCAAUAUUUCUUCUUUGUGUACGUGAAUGAACUUUGCUUUGAAGACAAAACAAUGAGGUACUAGUACAUGUAUCUCAAGAUCUAUAUGAGGUUAGGUUUUUUCCAAUAUAGGAAUAUUCAAGCCAUCCACAAUGUGUCGAAUGUUAAAUUUCUUUUCAUUUCUUUUCGGUAUGGAAAUUAUUCUUUUGUAAUUACACUUGGACAGUCUAUUGCUUGCCUAACAUAGUCUGAUGUCACUGUUUCAGUGUUUCAUAUGGUCUGUUUUGAAAUGAAACUGCGCCUGCAGAUUUAAUGAUCGGCCUUAAGGUAAGAUUUAAUUCUGCCAAAGGAUUUGUGGUUUGAGUUAUCUGAUGAGAUGGCUUCAAAAUCUCAAACCACUCACACAUGUACAUGUACUCAUUAUGAAGAACAAGUCCAAUUUAAAAAAAAAUUGUUUUGAUUUAAAAGAGGAAAUCAAGCAUAAUGCUGGAAAUUUUCAUUUAAGAAUUAGAUAACAGAGAAAGUCAUUACAUUUCAAAGUGUGGAAAUGCUAUUCAACCCAUAAAGCUUCAAAUCGGUAUAAGUCUGUGUGUAACAUCAACUCUCAUUUGUAUACCGGUAUCCCCCUUGUCCAUGCAAAUAACUGAUUUAUGCAAAUAGGCAACCCUUAGAAUGUCUUCACUUCUUAUCUUGCCAUCCAAUUUUAAUGAAAUUUUCAGCAUUGUUUGAAUUUUAUUUAUAUAUUCAAAUCAACUCUGUGUUGGUGUAGACAUGUUUGAUUCAUUUAAUUUCAAUACAUUGCCCAAUGACCCAUAACCUAUUUAAAGAAAAUGUAAUCUUUAACCCUAAUAAGACCGAGGGGGGGGGGCUGAUACCCCCGUUGAACAUUUUACGCAAUAAAUACGCUGCACAAAUUUUUUUGACCGCGUCACUUUCUGAUGUUUACUUUUAAGUCUCGCACAACUUUUGAGACCAAAUUGCGACCCUCGGGUAUGCAAAUUACGCAACAUUUUGUAAGUGCAUGCAGACCAAAAUUGCUCAAAAAUGUGAAUUUGUGUACAAGUCCAAUGCAAAUAAUGUUUUAAGCUAAAAUACAUAGAAGUAUCAUUAUUUUUCCUUUUACUGAUUAAAAUCAAUUAAUUUCAUCUUGUUUACGGUCAAAAUAAUGUCUCUGACAAUUUCCAUUGAAAGAACAAGAAAAAACAAAGUCAGAAAAAAAAAAAAUACUUAAGAAAUUUAUAAAAUGAUAAAAUACAUAAGAAAACAAAUGAGAUGUUGAUUUUUGUUAACAUAAAUUUGAUCAGAUUCCUAUAGAGUCUGUGAACCAAAAAUUAGCAUUUUAGGGGUAUUAUUUAGUCAAUUAGAGCAAACUUGAUUUUUUUUGCAUAAAUUAGCAUGAUUAAUUAGCAAUGAGAUUUUUUGCAGAAUUUGAUCUUACAGUUUGUAGAUUAUGCCAUGGGUAAUGCGCAUGCCAAUUUUCAUCGCGAUCGCGCGAUUAAUGGCCGAGAUCAUAAGGGGGCUGA